GCAUGCAUUAUUUUUUGACACGUGAAAACUAACAUGCACAAAACCCGGGCGUCAAAGCGCUGUUGUUCGAGCGUCGAGUAAUGGAGGCAAAACUCUCGAAGGUCGCGCGGAUUCUAAAACCGUCUCCAAUCCGAGAGCUUUCAAAGCUCGCCCAAAGAGUCGGCGCCAUUGAUCUCUCCCAUGGUUUCCCCGAUUUCCCCGCGCCGGGCGUCGAGGCUGCCGCCGGCCCUGCCAUCAACUCUGAUUUCAAUCAGUAUGGGAAUGUGCAAGGCAUCUGUGAAUUGCUGGAGGCAAAAAUGAAACAAGAUCAUGGUCUAGAGAUAAAUGCACUCACUGAUGUUGUGAUCUGCUGUGGCCAGACCGAAGCUUUUUUGGCAGCUAUAUUUGCUGUGAUUGACCAUGGCGAUGAAGUUCUUUUGUUCGAUCCUGCUUAUGAAAGAUAUGGCUCUGGGAUUUCUUUGGCUGGAGGAAUACCUGUCUAUGUGCCAUUGGAUCCACCUUAUUGGACUUUCGAUGUAGAAAAAUUUACAAAAUCCUUUACAAAUCGGACAAAAGCUGUGGUUCUUAACAGCCCGCAUAAUCCUACUGGGAAAGUUUUCUCCAAGGAAGAACUUGAAGCCAUUGCUGGAGCUUGCCGCAACAGGGACUGCUUCUGCAUUACUGAUGAAGUUUAUGAGUAUAUAACAUUUGACAUGCAUAAGCACGUGUCUAUUGCCUCUCUUCAUGGGAUGCAAGAAAGGACCAUCAUCACAUCAUCAUUGUCAAAAACAUUCAGCGUCACAGGUUGGAGGAUAGGCUGGGCUUGCGCCCCAUCCAACAUUGCAUCUGCAAUAAGAAAUGUUCAUAUCAAUUUCACAGAUUCAGCUCCUGCAUCUUUUCUGGAGGCUGCACUUACAGCUCUAAGAAGUUCCCCGGAAUACUUCCAGUCCCUUGGAACUAGUUAUGAAGCCAGGAGAGAUUAUGCUGUUGAGAUUCUCUCUGGGCUGGGUUUCAAGGUUCAAUUCAUACCGCAGGGUUCGUUUUUUCUAUUUGCAGAACUUCCCGAGGGUUGGUUACACUCUGAUGUGGAUUUUGUGAGGGAGUUGAUCAACAAAGGUGGGGUUGCUGCAGUACCUGGAUGCGAUUUCUUCCAUAACAGUUCCAAUUGUGAGAGUAAAUAUUACAAUAGGUUUGUUAGAUUUGCGUUUUGCAAGAGCGAUGAAACCCUCGGGGCUGCUGCACAGAGGAUUCGAGAUCUCCGACUCAUUGGGGGCGAGGGUGUGCUCCAGAAAUCUUGAAUUUCAUUUUUUUUUUACCCAUACGGAAUUAUUUUUACAACUAGUGGCUCUUUAUUGUAUAAAUCUUCGAAGGUUCCUCUUUUCAAGCAUUUUGUCUUGAUGAAUUUAGAGUUAGUGUGAUUGGU